CGCAUUGAUACUCCCUAUAGUGUUUUUAUAUACUUAGUUUUGCCCUCCCCGUCCUUCUAAAUGGUUCGUCCCCAUGACUGUGGGUCUUGUACUGCCUUUCGGUAGGUGUAGUAGUGGUCAAGUUUCAAUGUUAUGACAUCCCCAGUGACAAUGUGAGGCAUCCCGACAGUUUGUUACUUUCUUUCUCCAAAUUUGUGACUUUUUCCGUACCUCGAUGACUUGAAAUGAACUCUGUUUCCCUUCCUUAUAAAGCAGGACAGAAAGAAGACAACAACCGCUGUGAGCCGGCGUCGCCUUGUGAGUUCGUUCAAGCAUUACCUGUUCCGCCUUUACAAGAACCAUAGAGUUUGAUCAAUGGCGGAGCACGACAUAGAGUCUGGAGCCCACCGACUCUCAGAAAGAGGGGAGGUACCACAGAGGAGACAGUCGUAUAAUUUCAGCGACAACUUCAGCGUGUUAGGUUACAGUUCCUAUCGGAAAAUAGCCAUGAGAUUGAGUGAAGAGAGGGCCGUGACAGAAAACUGGACGGGGCUCGCUGACAAACUUGGUUACGGUAGCGUAGAGGACAUCGGAAACUUCCGGGUACAAGCCGAAGCGCUGAGAGAAAUCCCCGCCAUGUUGCUGCUAAAAGAAUGGAGUACCAAACCAGGGGCUACUAUCCAAGUCAUGGUGGACGCCUUGACGGAAAUGGACAGACCAGACGUGUUGGAGAUAGUUGAAGAAGCGAUGAAAGACCAGUUCACCCUGCACUACGUGGUGGUGACGGCGGAAGGAGUCAGACUCCCCGUCCAAAGGGUUCAGGUUCUCGGUAGCGACCUCCUAGAGGACAGUCUACAGACGUCCCUGGAGCAGGCCGGACUGCGCACCGAUGACCUAGUCAUCCAGGAGCCGGACAUAGGAGGGGACAUACCGGUCAGAUGGGCAUCACCCUCACGACUGGUCAAGGGUAGACAGUUAGUUCUCCGACACAAAGAUUGCCCCCCUCCCCCUACUGCCCAACAGGACCUGCCUCCACCAGGUCGCUCGUUCCCACGGCUUUCCGCCCCACCCAUCGCCAUCUCGUCCCCAGAGGACAGAGGAGUCCCCGUCUCCCCGGUCUCUAUUGGUUCUCUGGACGAACUGCCGGUGAUGAUGGACAACAUCAGUGUUAUCAGCGAGGACCGGGAGUGGGAAGGACAAGAGGACCUGCCGCCAUGCUCCCUCCCCGGCUGGCACCCUAACCUUCCCGACCGUACCAAAUAUAUCCAUCAGGUAAUGGCCCCGUACAUCGCUGCAGACGGCUGGUUCCUUGUUCGGCCGCUAGACAACAAUAGACUAGCUGUCAGCGUAACGUUUAACGGAGGUAUCCGCCACUUCAAGAUCCACCGUACCCGGGACGACAGGUACUACUUCCAUAGGAAACAGCGGAGAGCAGAGUCCAUCGAUGACCUCAUCAACAUCUACUCCAUGGAGGGGCUGCCCACGGCGGAGUCCCGGCGCGUGAACCGUCCGUCCAGACCGUCUCACCCAUCAGAUGAGCCGCCGCCCCUCCCGCCCCGGCCCGGUCAACCCGCCGGGCCACCCGCGGUACCGACUAGGGACAGUAUGGUCUACUUAAAACACCCGAUUCCUGUCGACAAGGAACUGGAAGAGCGGCUGAAAAAGAAAGAAGAGGAACACUAUUACAAGAACUAGAAAGGCAGCGCUUGGAUUCCUAGUUGGGUCUACAGAAAGUGCAAAAUGAAAUGAAAUGGAACAAAAUGGAGCAAAAUGUAAUUUAAACAAAUAAUACUAUUUUGUUCCAGUUGGGAAUAUUUCACAUUUUCUGCACACCGCCCCAUCCCAGGCUCUGGCGAAAGUUGUACCAUACCAACUUUCAUGCCAUUUUGCAUCUAGCCUUAAAUACAGACGUAGUGGGAGCUAAAAUCUGGAAACUGCCAAACUGAAAAUUACAAUACCCGGUGCUCAAGGCAUUUGGAUACCAUUUUCAAAUCACUUCACUUCUCAGUGCUCAUAACAGGGCACAAUAGACCAAAAAGCUAACAAAAGGUAACUUUUAACCUCACUAGUUAAAUGGUAAUGUUGACUUUCCAUUGUUUUCUGUAAUGACACUAAAUAUUGUUUACCUUUGUGAUUAAUAUAAACUCAUUCGAUGAAAAAAUGAGCCUGUUGUAAAUAGAUUGCAUCACUUUUCGGCUCACAUUGUAUAUAAAUUACUUCAUUGCAGGGAGCAAGAUAUCAUAAUCCCGUCCUUUCUAAUAUUCGACAUAUCCUCGAUGGUCCAUUUACAGUCACUUCCCGGACCUACCUUUCAAUUUGCUAGCAUGCUGCUACAUGUACUACUUAAUGUAUAUCUCGAUGUAUAACAGACAACCGGGCCUGGGCUUCGAAAGCUGGUAUCACACUGGACUAAGGUACGUUGGUGGCGUGGCUGUGCAAUAAAUCUAAAGUUAUGUUACCAUUGACUUCUUAGUAGGAACAUCGUUUAAGAUGUUAAAAUAAUAAGACUAAGAAGACAACUAUACACUCAAAACAUUAAAAUUUCUUUUUUAAUCGAUUACAUUCGUUUAGCACUCUAUCAAGUCACUCAGCAACGCCGCCGACGUACCACAGUUUCGGUGAGAUACCCACUUAAGGUGCAGUCACACGAGUGCGUAUAUACAAGCCCUUAUGAGUUGCGUAUUGAAAUUCUUUUGGCUUGCAGGUAAUUGAUUUCUUAAACUUAACUAUGCUGUCAAAUUGUCGACCUGGACUUUUUCGACAGCAAACUUUAUUACCUCCCCCCUUAAAUGUCAAUACUCAACACAUACUGACUAGAAUUUACGUACACGUAUGACCGCUACCGUAGCAACAACGUACACCUAACUGCACUUCCGUGAACGUGCAAGUUUAGUUUUCGAUAUACAGGAACGAACCUUACCUUUGUAGUCGUCAGAAAUAUCUUCUUAGCUACAAUGAUAAAGAAAAGGGUAUAGGUAUCCAUUCAUUGCGAAAGGUAGUAAGCUAUAAGAUAUGAUCGUUUUUGUGUAGCAAGAGUUGACAGAAACUAGCCUGGUACUCGUACGGACUUAAAUAUGUACGCACGUGUAAACCCACUAAAAUAUAUCGAUGAGCGAAUCAUACGCACUUGAAUGUAGUGUGAACGGCAUCUAACAAACGGGAGUUUUUAAAAGCCCAGAAAUGUUGGACUGUGUCUGACGUUACGAUUAACCCAAGGUAAAUAAUUUAAAAGUGUGUCUAUAACAAAAGCCAAGAUUCAGGUAACCAGAUAAUAAAUGUUCCUUAAAACCGAAAAAAAGUCGUCCAGUCAUUUCAUAAUUACUUAAUGAAAAAUAACUUGUUUACAGUUGUUUCUUUGAACCCGUGCUUUCUAUAUUAAUCAAUUUGAGCAAUCUCAACUGAAUACAAUGUGUCUGACAAGGACUGACAAGGUUGAGUCACAAAAUUAAAGCAAAUCCUGAGAACUGCUCUUUUGUGUCUUAUCAACAAUUGACCUUUUGUCGAAAAUGUUCACGAAGAAGGAAGUGAAUACAAUAAGGGCUGCACGGGGUUAGUGAGUAUCACAAUAUCCUACAAAAUCCACAAUUCACUACAGGAGGAAUUAUGAAAAAGACGGCUGAUUGUGUUUUUAUUGGCAUAAAGAACAUCAUUUGGCAAGUAACAACUUCUGGAGUCAAUUGCUCAUUUUAAUGAAUGAAGACCUUUAUUGUAAUAUAAUAAUGAUCAUAUUUCAUAUCAUAUACGUUAACGUUUCACUUUGAGUUGAGAUGUUUUAACAUAGAGACCGUACGUAUACAUUAAUUUACACUGAACAAGUCCCGUAUUUUACAUUGAACAAGUCCCGUGUUUUCUAUAAAUUGGACGUAAUUGUUCACACCAAUAGCUAUUCCAUUAUAUGACCAGAACAAUUGUACAAAUAAACAACAACGUAUAUAUGGCAAAAGAAUAUCAAUAGGAUACUUAAUCAUGUAUUUUUGAUACAAUAUCUCAUGUCUAAUGGAUAAUAUUUCCCAAGAAUAACGCCGUUUUAUCCUCUGACAGUUGUGAACUAGCUAUUUGAUGAUUAAUUGUAGUUACAAAAAAGUUCGAUAAGUUCAGUCACCAUACUUCUGUCGACGUUUCGUUUCUAAAUGGUUAGUGUUUGUCUUUAACAUCAUCACAAAGCUCGCGUAUUUGUCCUUAUAAUGAUGUCCCAAUAUAUAGGAAAACAAACCAAAGCUCCAGUGCUGAUCAUGAGGGUGGGUUGAAAGAGGAAAUUGAGGACAGUGUCAGAGAGUUAUAUCAUGGUUUCUCUCAGAUAAAUAAACCACAGCAUGAAAGUUCAUCUCCGUAUAUUCGAGUUCACCGCCGAGCAGAGACGGGGGGCGACACAGGUUAUCUAGAACCGCCAGUUGCUAUAGUAUUGUCACGUCCCGAAAGCUGCAGUGGGCGGGUCCAUUCCGUGAACAAGGCGAGUGACAAGACAGUCGAACAUUUGACCAAGACGCAAUAUAUAACUUUCAACGUGUUGUUAUGUAAUGUUUAUUCAUUCAUAAGGUCACAGCAAGAAAAAAAAACAUGGAUGAAACGUUCAUUGACUUUUGCCUGAUUUUGAAAAAAAAUAGGAAUUUUUUCCCUCUGGAAAUUGUAAACAUGAUGUGAAAUUACCAAAACGGGAAUAUAUAUCAUGUGGUAGUAUCUGCAGAAGUAACACACAAGCGUGGCA